AUGGGCACCUUGAAGAACUUGGAACAAGACACUGAUGAUAAGUUGCUUAGAAGAACUAAAGAAUUAGAUGCAUGCUUUAUGGUUCCUUCUGAAGAAAUGAGCGAGCUUAACAUGCUCAGGGAUAAGAGAUUGAACUCAACUGACAUUAUGCAGCUGGUUCUCAGCUUGAUUGAAGACAGAAAACAAUUGGAGCUCGAACUAUCUUCACAGAUUAAGGCACGUCUUACCGAAAGGUUUGCAGCCAAAGAACAAUAUAAGUGA